UCUUUCGAUGUGACUCAGUCUCACUACAUAUUGAUAUUGGUUCUCUACCAUCUACUCUACACACUCAUCUACGAUAUUCUCAAGUUCGCUUCCGCCAUGUCGUCAAACAUCCGCCUCCUCGUCAUUUCCGAUACCCACUCCACCUGGCCCUACACCCCAGACAGCCCUGCACCUCCGUGCGACAUCCUCAUCCACUGUGGUGAUCUCACACAAGUCGGCGGUCUUCCCGCAUACAAAAAGGCUAUGCAAGGCAUCCAGACCGUCGACGCAGAGCUCAAACUCGUCAUCGCCGGCAACCAUGAUCUCGAUCUCGAUGAAAAGUGGGUGCGCAAGAACGCUGAAGAUGGUGAAGAGGAAGAAGAUGUAGAGGACAGUAGGAAAUGUGUCGAGUUCAUGAAGUUGCACGAGAAAGAGGGAGUAUACUACCUGGAAGAGGGCAGACGUGAGUUCAAGCUGAAGGAUAGGAGAAGCUUCAGUGUCUGGGCGAGUGCGUAUACGCCGGAGUUUAACGGGUAUGCAUUUGCGUACGGAAAAGACGAGAAUCGCUUCCGUGAUAUACCCGAAGACAUCGACAUCUUGAUGACACAUGGACCGCCUUCAUUCACUGACGAACUCGGCUACGGUCUCGAUGUCAAUGUGAAAGGAGAGAGCUGCGGAUGCAAGGUGCUAGGCGAUGCAGCAAUUAGAGCGAGGCCAAGACUGCACUGUUUUGGGCAUGUGCACGAGGGCAGAGGUGCAGUGAAGAUGCAGUGGUCCGAGAAGAGAAAUGGGAAUGAAAGAAUGAAGAUGCUGCCCGAUGACAGGAGACUCCUUAGCGUCAGUAAAGAACAGGAAAGGACGAGUUCCGUGCUAGUGAACGCGGCGGUAUGGGGUGAAACAAAGGGAUGGACUGUUGAUCUCGAAGUAUAAGAUUCCCACUUUCUACCACCACACCUGAACGAAAACUGCCACCACAACCCACACCACGAUGUAUCAAUCAAUGGCCACCCCCUACUUAGACAGUACCAGCGCAUACGAGACUCAUGGGCCCGCCAACCGCCUCGAUCAUCUCGUAACCACCUAUGGAGUCAGCGUUCUUCAUCGCUCC